AUGUGUCUGUCUGUCUCUGGUCGGUCUCUUUCUCUGACAUGUGUCAGUCUGAGGUCACUCUCGCUCUUACACGUGUUUGACUCAGGUCAGUCUCUGUCUCUGACAUGUGUCUGUUUGUCUCAGGUCUCUCUCUUUCUAUAUGUGUCUGUCUGUCUCAGUUCAGUCUCUCUCUCUCUUUCUCUUUCUCUGACAUGUGUAUGUAUGUCUCAGGUCACUCUCUCCAGUAUUAUUCCACGGCGGUCUCAGUUCCCGGAUAUGGGCUGCCAGAGUUUUCUACAGUUACAUAUGUGGAUGGGAUACAGAUAAUGAAUUAUAACAGUGACUCCGGCCGGGAUGUUCCUGUUGCUCAGUGGAUGGAGAGAAGGGGACAGGAUUACUGGGAGAGAAAUACACAGAUCUGCAAAGGUGUUGAGGCUGCAUUCAAACAGAAUGUGAAGACAGAAAUGCAACACAACAACCAGACCGGAGGUGAGAUACAUACAGUAUAUUACAUAGUUACAUAGUUACAUAGCUGAAAAGAGACUUGCGUCCAUCAAGUUCAGCCUUCCUCACAUUUGUUUUGUUUUUGCUGUUGAUCCAAAAGAAGGCAGAAAAACCCAGUUUGAAGCACUUCAAAUUUUGCAACAAACUAGGAAAAAUAUUCCUUCUUGACCCCAGAAUGGCCGUCAGAUUUAUCCUUGGAUCAAGCAGUUAUUACCCUACAUUGAAAGAUUAUAUCCUUGAAUAUUCUGUUUUUGCAAGUAUGCAUCUAGUAGCUGUUUGAACAUCUGUAUGGACUCUGUUAAAACCACUUCUUCAGGCAGAGAAUUCCACAUCCUUAUUGUUCUUACAGUAAAAAAGCCUUUCCUUUGCCUUAGUCGAAAUCUUCUUUCUUCCUUCUCGUGUCCUAUGUAAAGUCCGGUUUGUGAAUAGAUUUCCACACAGUGGUUUGUAUUGGCCCCGAAUAUAUUUGUAUAAUGUUAUCAUAUGCCCUCUCAGGCGAUGUUUUUCUAAACUAAAUAGGUUUAAAUUUGUCAGCCUUUCUUCAUAGCUGAUAUGUUCCAUUCCUUUUAUUAAUUUUGUAGCCUUUUUCUAGUGCUAUAAUAUCCUUCUUUAGAACAGGUGCCCAAAAUUGGACAGCAUAUUCCAUAUGUGGUCUUACCAGUGAUUUAUAAAGAGGCAAAAUGAUAUUCUCAUCCCGAGAAUGAAUGCCCUUUUUCAUGCAUGACAAUACCUUACUGGCCUUGGCCACUGCUGAUUGACAUUGCACAUUGUUGCAUAGUUUGUUGUCUAUAACAAUUCCCAAGUCCUUUUCGUGUGUUGUUAUCCCUAAUUCACUUCCAUUAAGGGUAUACAUUGCUUGUGCAUUUUUUACACAGGAGUGCAUAACUUUGCAUUUUUCAACAUUAAAUUUAAUUUGCCAUUUGAGUGCCCAGUGCCCCAGUCUAUCUAAAUCCCUCUGCAGCAAAGUAAUAUCUUGCUCACAUUGUAUCACUUUACAGAGUUUUGUGUCAUCUGCAAACACUGAAACAUAACUUUCAAUGCUUUUUUCAAGAUCAUUUAUAAACAUGUUAAAUAGAAGGGGUCCCAGAACAGAACCCUGAGGGACACCACUUGCCACCUCUGUCGAGCUUGAAAAUUUGCCAUUAAUGGCAACUCUUUGUACUCUAUUUUUAAGCCAAUGUUCUACCCAAAAACAAGCAUUUUCAUUUAGACCGAUUUGCUUGAGUUUGAACAAUGAUCUAUUGUGUGGAACUGUAUCAAAUGCCUUGGCAAAAUCCAAAUAGAUCACAUCCACUGAUAUACUCUCAGGGCCAGAUUAAGAGCCCAGUGGGCCUGGUGCUGACAAUUAUGAGGGGCCUAAGUACAGAAUCUUAUCGAACAAAAACACUAAAACAGUCAUACCUCUCAAGCUUUAUGUAGCUGGUGGAGAUGUUGCCAGAGGGAAACUCAUAGGAUGCAGCUAUAAAAAACUCAGAUUCUCUUAAAAUAUGCUAAUCUCUCUCUAAUUCAUGCUUUCAUCUUUCAAGUAAAUCCAUACCCCCUAACAGCAGUGUCCAGUGAAGCAGGAAGUCAAUGGGUGGUGUAAAAGGGUGGGCCACCGAUGCGGAUCAUGUAACCAGAACUUCCGAAAGGGCCGAACAUUCCCAAAGAAUUGGAAGGCUAGCCUGGCAUGAAUGCAUGUCAGGCUGCCUGCCAAUCAUGCAUGCUGGCCAACAGCAUCCUGAGCUUGGCAUAAAUGCGUCUAAUGAUGCGCUCGCCCCAUGCUUUCUAAGGACUGUCCCCUAGCACUCACGUGUCCACUUGUCUCCUACCUUCUUACUAUCAGGUAGAAGCUCCUGGUAUACAGUCUGAGACAGAGAAAAGAUGGAUAUAGUGAGUGUAGAAGAAAGGGAACAUGCCACAGUGUUAGAAAGACCAAAGUCAGCAUUACCUUAACUAAUGUAAUUGUCAGCCAGUCCACACAAGUUUUAUUUCCAUAUAUCCCUCUUAAGUUUCCAUACUUAAGCAAGAAUAUGUAAAGAGUAGUUAGGGCUGCCACCUUUCUUGGAAAAAAAUACAGGCCUUACUAAUUUGCAUAAGCAAUUAUGUAUGUGUGACAUCAGAUGAUGUAAAUCACAAGGAGUGGCAGAGAAAAUUCUGUGAAAUCACCAAAAAACUACUUAGUUUGAUUCUGCUGUAUAGAUGGAUUGCUCCCAGUGUCUCCCUGUCACCCAGUGUCCCCCAGUGUCCCCAUGUCACUAGGGGACACUGGGAGACAUGGGGCACUGAGACACUGUGAUACAUAGUCUAAGUGUCUCAGUGUCCCCAUGUCUCACAGUGUCCCCUAGUGACAUGGGGACACCGACACUAGGGGACACUGGGUGACAGGGAGACACUGGGAGCAAUCCAUCUAUACAGCAUGUCUCCCAGGUACACAGAGACAUGGGGACACUGGGAGACAUGGUGACACAGACACUGGGAGACAUGGGCACACUGAGACACUAGGCAUACUGGGAGAUUAGGUACACAGACACUAGGGACACUGGGAGACAUGGGAACAUUGAGACACUAGGGACCCUGGGGUACAUAAGAACACUGAGACACCAGGGACACUGGCUGGGAGACAUGGGGACACUGAGACACUUGGGGACAUUGUGUCCCUAGUGUCUGUGUCCCCAUGUCUCCCAGUGUCCCCUGUCUUAGUGUCCCCAUGUGUGUCUGUGUCCCCAUGUCCGCUACUGUCUCAGUGUUCCCAUGUCUUAGUGUCUGUGUCCCCAUGUCCGCUACUGUCUCAGUGUGUCCAUGUCUCAGUGUCCCCAUGUGUGUCUGUGUCCCUGUGUCUCCAAGUGUCUCAGCAUCCACAGAAGUCUCCCUGUGUCCCCUUGUCUCAUAGUGUCCCCUAAUGCCUAAGUGUCCCCAUGUUUCCCUGCAGCCUUUACACUUCUCUGAGCUGCAGGCUGGGAGCUGCUGUCUGGACUGGUGCUGUGUAGCUGCUCCUCUGCGGAUCAGUGAAUAGAGCGAUCCAGGUAUAUGAGGUAACUUCCUAUCCCUGCAUCUCUCCACACACACAGCGUCCCCUACUGGCCGGUAAUGGUAUUACAGAGUAAUCUCUGUUUAUACUGAGAAAAAUAUCGGCAUUUGUAUUGCUGGUAUUACUGCAAUAUUGGCACUGGCCAGGCAGCCUCAAAUAAAUACCGGCCAGGUGAACAGCCCUAAGAGUAGUGUGUAAAAAAAAUAAUAUAUAUAUAUAUAUAUAUAUAUAUCUAUAUUAUUUAUUUUUUAAAUCAAUGGGCCUAUUCCAUGGGCCUGGGCCUGGGCCUGGAGCUGCAGCUCCAUCAGCCCCUAUGUUAAUCCGGCAUUCUACUUACUUCUUCAGAGAAUGCAAUCAAGUUUGUUUGACAUGACCUGUGCUUCAUAAAACCAUGCUGAUUUUUGCUGAUAACCAUGUUCUUCUCAAGGAAUUCUUGAAUUUUAUCCCUUAAUAACCUUUCAGACAUUUUCCCAGCCACAGAAGUUAAAGGAACACUAUAGUCACCUAAAUUAAUUCAGCUAAAUAAAGCAGUUUUAGUGUAUAGAUCAUUCCCCUGCAAUUUCACUGCUCAAUUCACUGUCAUUUAGGAGUUAAAUCACUUUGUUUCUGUUUAUGCAGCCCUAGCCGCACUUCCCCUGGCUAUGAUUGACAUAGCAUGCAUGAAAAAAAAACUGGUUUCACUUUGAAACAGAUGUAAUUUAACUUAAAUAAUUGUAUCUCAAUCUCUAAAUUGAACUUUAAUCGCAUACAGGAGGCUCUUGCAGGGUCUAGCAGGCUAUUAACAUAGCAUGGGAUAAGAACAUCUUAAUUAAACAGAACUUGCAAUAAAGAACGCCUAAAUAGGACUCUCUUUACAGGAAGUGUUUAUGGAAAGCUGUGCAAGUCACAUGCAGGGAGGUGUGACUAGGGUUCAUAAACAAAGGGAUUUAACUCCUAAAUGGCAGAGGAUUGAGCAGUGAGGCUGCAGGGGCAUGUUCUAUACACCAAAACUGCUUCAUUAAGCUAACGUUGUUCAGGUGACUAUAGUGUCCCUUUAAGCUCACAGGUCUAUAAUUUCCAGGCAAGGAUUUUGAGCCCCUUUUGAAUAUAGGAACCACAUCUGCCUUCCUCCAAUCCUCCAGAACACUUCCUGAAAGAAAGGAAUCUUGAAAGAUUAAAAACAGAGGUUCACUUAUUUCUACACUUAGUUCCUUAAGUACUCGUGGAUGAAUACCGUCAGGCCUUGGAGCUUUGUUUAUAUUAACUUUCUUUGGUUGCUGCAGCACCUUGUCUUGAGUUAACCAAUUACAAUUAUUCUGCAAGGUUUUAGCAGCAAUCAUUUGCACAUCUAUUGACAUGGGUUCUUCCUUAGUAUAUACGGAGGAGAAAUAGUUAUUUAAGAUUUCUGCCUUUUCCUGGUCUUCAUUAACUAACACCCCCGUUUCAGUUUUUAGUGUACCUACACUUUCAUUUUUUUUUUUUUGAAUUUGUGUACUUAAAGAAUGCUUUGGGGUUGGUUUUACUCUCUUUGGCUAUCAUUUUUUCAUUUUGAAGUUUAGCGAAUCUAAUCGCCUUUUUGCACGCAUUAUUGGCUUCCUUAUAUUUUUUAUAGGAUGCAUCUGAUUUGUCUAAUUUAAAUGCUUUAACCCCUUAAGGACCAAACUUCUGGAAUAAAAGGGAAUCAUGACAUGUCACACAUGUCCAGUGGUGUAUCCUGGUUUUGUGCUGCCCUAGGCACAGACACACUAGCAGACACACAAACAAACUCACACACACACUAACAAACACACACACAUUAACAGACACACACUCACUGACACACACUCACAGGCAAACACACUCACACUAACAGACACACACACACACUAACAGACACACACACACACAGGCAAACACACUCACUGACACACAGUCAGACACACACAUACACACAGACACACACAGUCAGACACACACUAACAGACACACACUCACUCACUAGCAGACACACACACACACUCAAACAGUGGGCAUUUGCGGGGCGGCGUUUUUUGCCGCCCCCUGAAAAAUGCCGCCCAAGGCAAAUGCCUUGUUUGCCUCGCGGCUAAAAGGCCCCUGCACAUGUCAUGUGUCCUUAAGGGGUUAAAUGCCCUUUUCUUAUUUUUAUAUACACACUGACACUCUCUACACACUGACACACACUAUGUGUGUACAUACUGACACAAUAUAAAGGAAAUCUCCAGUGCCAGGAAAACAUAUUCUUUUUCCUUGCACUGCAGGAUCCUGCAGUGCCCCUCUCCUUCCAAUACCCCAUUCCAAGUUGCUGAAUGGGUUAAAACCCCUUCAGUGACUUACCGGAGUCCAGCACCGAUGUCCCUCCGUGCUGAGUCAGGCUCCCCCUACUCUCCUCCCCGGGGGAGACCUAAUGCGCAUUCCGGUUUGAUAACAAUCGUUUCAUCUCUUUGUAGUUCUUUAAAAGAGCACUAUAGUCAACAAAUAAAAGCAAGAAUGACAGGUCCCCUAGCCUUCUUUCUUGCUUUUAUAUUAACUUCUCAUUAAUAACAAAUAAAUUUGAGCCCUUUUUAUCAUAUAAACUUACCUCCGUUCCAGCGCCGAACUCCUCGGCAGACUGCACCCCCUUUUUCGUUAAAAUCACGAUGCAGCAGGGCUCAUUCAGACGCUUCUCUUAGAGAAGCGUCAUAGCAAUCUGGUGCACAUGCACGGCUUUGCGCUGCACCAAUCGCGUUCUUCAUAGAGUGGCAUUGAAUGCUGUCCUAUGAAUGAACACUGAGUGCUCUACCGUGCAUAGUGUCUCUUUAGGACUUUCUCUUUCUUUCUUUGUCAGAUUAUAUUUGUCUCCCUUAUUCUUUCCAUCUAAGGCUCUUAUAUCUUUGGAUACUUUAUUUUCCAAUAUGUCUAGGCACCUGAUUUAAAACUUGAUGGAUAAAAAAUGUUUUAAAACUUUUUACAUAUGGUUCUUCAUUAAUAUUUUCACUGUUCUGUAUUUUAUCACUCCUAACAAUUCUCUUGCCCAUAUAAAAUCUCUUUACGGUUGCAUCGCACACAAGUUUGUAAAAACAUUGUACAGAAUACUAAGACCACACUUGGAGUAUUGUACGCAGUACUGGAGACCGUAUCUCCAUAAGGAUAUUGAUACUUUGGAGAGAGUUCAGAGAAGGGCUACUAAACUGGUUCAUGGAUUACAGGAUAAAACUUACCAGGAAAGGUUAAAGGAUCUUAACAUGUAUAGCUUGGAGGAAAGACGAGACAGGGGGGAUAUGAUAUGAACAUUUAAAUACAUAAAGGGAAUCAACACAGUAAAGGAGGAGACUAUAUUUAACCCCUUAGUGACCAGACCGUUUUUCAGUAUUCUUACCAUUAAGGACUAAAGGACAAUGGCUCUUUUUACAUUUCUGCUGUGUUUGUGUUUAGCUGUAAUUUUCCUUUUACUCAUUUACUGUACCCACACAUUAAAUACUGUUUUUCUUGCCAUAAAAUGGUCUUUCAAAAGAUACCAUUAUUUUCUUCAUAUCAUUUAAUUUACUCUAAAAGAAAAGUAUACAAUAUGAUGAAAACAUUAAAAAAAACACACUCUUUCGAACUUUAACCCCCAAAAUCUGCUGCGCAUCUACAACCGCCCAAAAACAAAUUAGUCUCUAACUUUUAUCCUGGGCUUAGAAAUGUCCAAUGUUAACAUGUUCUUAGCUUUUUUUGGAAAGUUAUAGGGCUAUAAGUACAAGUAGCACUUUGCUAUUUCCAAACCAUUUUUUCUACAUUGUUACAUUGUAACACUGAUAUCUGUCAGGAAUCCCUGAAUAACCCUUCACCCGUAUAUAUUUUUUAAAAGAAGUUAACCUAAGGUAUUAAACUUGGGGUAUUUUGAUUUUCAUGCAACCAUUUUACCACCAAUCUAUUAAAAAAAAAAAAAAAAAAAUUCGAGUUUUUUUGACACACAUGACAAUCUAAGAAUACAUGUACGGAGAACUUUAGGGUUAAUGCCAAAGAACACCCCAAUAUGUGUUCAGCAACAUCUCCUGAGUACAGUGAUAACCCCCAUGUACAGGUGUGUUGGGUUCUCUGGGGGCUAAAAUACCUUAUUUGGAGGGUGUGCAUUCUAGUUUUCCAACUUGGAAUUUUCACAGCUGGUCAUCAUGCACCCAUUUCUUAUUUGGGAAAUUUUUGAAGCCAGCCAAUAUAAUUUACCCCAUCAAACCAUAUAUUUUUGAAAAGUAGAAACCCUAGGGUAUUUCAAAUGGUGGUAUUUUAACACUUUCCAUGCAUUAUGUGGCAAACGUAACCUCGCCACUGGUACUUGGAGGGGCCUGCUUGCCAACCUAUUGCCCCAGGAUUAUGGUCCCUGCAAAAAGACAUGUUAAAUAGUGACUUCCAUGGAAAAACCAAACCAGUGAACCGAUCUGGGUGAUUUUUGGAUAUGUUGGUCAUCCAGAUCAGGGCUAUCCGAGAAUGUGACUUGGGGUUUCCAUGGAUCCUGAGGGUACUUUUGGGGUGUUUGUAAAUUGUGUGUUUUUCUGUACCUGGAGAUAAUUAAGUAUCUCUGAGACACAGAGGAGGAGUAUGUUGAAUGUAUUGCUUGUCUGUGCCUCUUCCCCUCCCCCUUUUUCCUGUUCUAUUGUUUCCCCAGCAGGGCGUUGUCCCAGGGACACUGCCAGACCAGUUUAAACUGGCUGCUUUGUCCCUCCUCAAUCUCCCAUCAGCCCUUGCUAUUGUCUGACCCCACCCUUCCUUGUACUAUAGUGCUCUAUAUAACCUAUUGUAUGUAAUUGAGGCUGUUGGGGGUUUAAAUAUAAAUUGUAAAUGCCGGCUUGCAUUAAAUAGACCUGCUUUAACCCUUCAUGAAAUCUUGGGGAUGGGAUAACUACACUCUUGGGGAUUGCUAUAAUCACAAUACUCCCUUGUGUAUAAGCUCUUGUAAGAGCGUGUUCCUGCUACGCUCUCUGGAGUAGGAGAGGUCUGCCCACUGGACGCUGGAUCCUGGUCUUCGGUCCAUGGUGGGUGAAGGACGGUGAGACCCCAAUAUGUGUUCAGUAAUGUGACGAAAGCAACUUCGCCCUGGUUUUUGGAGGGGCCUGUUUGCCAGCCUCCUACUCUGGGACUAUGUGCCCUGUGAUAACCCAUGUUCAAAAGUACUGUUUCUGCCCCUUGAACUUUUAACUGGAACAGAUUCAAACAUGUGGCGGCGGCCAUCUUAAAUUGUCCAGUAGUGUUUUGUUGUCGAGUGUAUGGAACUGUUUUGGGCAUGAGACUAUGUGUACGGUGGGGCAAAAAUAAGACUUCCAGGAAAUUCCUGAACCCCUGAACCGAUCUGGGUGAUUUCUGGAUAUGUUGUUCACGCAGAUCAGUCCUAUGUGGGGAUAUGUUGUAUUUUGGGGUACUUUUUGGGGUUUGUAAAAAUUUAUUUUUUUCUGCUUAGAGUUAAUUGAGUUAGUCCAUUGUCUUCAUUAAUUAUAUCACAGGCAGAGCACUGACAUUACAAACACUCCUAGCCAGCUCUGUACUGACAUUACAAACACUCCUAACCAGCUCCGCACUGACUGACAUUACAAACACUCCUAGCCAGCUCUGUACUGACAUUAGAAACAUCCCUAGCCAGCCCUGCACUGACUGACAUUACAAACACUCCCAACCAGUUCUGCACUGACUGACAUUACAAACACUCCUAGCCAGCUCUGCACUGACACUACAAACACCCCUAGCCAGCCCUGCACUGACUGACAUUACAAACACUCCUAGCCAACCCUGACUGACAUUACAAACAUUACAGUGCAGGGUUGGCUAGGAGUGUUUGUAAUGUCAGUCAGUGCAGGGCUGGCUAGGGGUGUUUGUAGUGUCAGUGCAGAGCUGGCUAGGAGUGUUUGUAAUGUCAGUUAGUGCAGAACUGGCUGGGAAUGUUUGUAAUGUCAGUCAGUGCAGGGCUGGCUAGGGAUGUUUCUAAUUGACUGACUGACAUUGGCUAGGAGUGUUUGUAAUGACUGACUGACAUUACAAACACUCCUAGCCAGUUCUGCACUGACUGACAUUACAAACACUCAUAGCCAACCCUGUACUGACUGACAUUACAAACACUCAUAGCCAGUUCUGCACUGACAUUACAAACACUCCUAGCCAGCCCUGUACUGACUGACACUACAAACACUCCUAGCCAGCUCUGCACUGACACUACAAACACCCCUAGCCAGCCCUGCACUGACUGACAUUACAAACACUCCUCGCCAACCCUGUACUGACUGACAUUACAAACACUCCUAGCCAGCCCUGCACUGACUGACAUUACAAACACUCCUAGCCAACCCUGUACUGACUGACAUUACAAACACUCCUAGCCAGCUCUGCACUGACAUUACAAACACUCCUAGCCAGUUCUGCACUGACUGACUUUACAAACACUCCUGGCCAGCCCUGUACUGACUGACAUUACAAACACUCCUAGCCAGUUCUGCACUGCCAUUACAAACACAGCAAUUAUUUCACCUGUGUCUAAAGCUCUGAAUGUUCAAAUUUUUUGAGUUGAAACAAUAAAUCCUGGACCCCCUGUGAGAUGCCUAUUGACUUACAGUAGGAGGAGAGCAGUCUAUUCAUAUAAUCAAUAUGUAAAAUAGUAAUAAUUACCAAAUAUUACUACUUACAUGACAUAAAGUCAUGAUUGUAUUAAGGACACAGAGACGAGUAUUAGGUUUUAUCUCAUUCUUUAUUCCUCAGAAUUAAAGAAAGGAUAUUAAGAUAUUAAUAGAAAAAAAAACAACAAAAAAUAUAAACCUUAAAGGGUUAACCAUAUAACAUAUUCAACCAAUGGGACCAGUCCUCGUUCCAUUUACUUCCAGGUGACCCUUAGCCACUCCUCUUUCUUGGUGAUGCCGGAUCCAAAUGUUCAACAAUAACAACUGAAACAUGACAAACUGACUCAACACAACCAGAUAAUCAAACGUCCAGUAUUGCAGAGACAACAUCUUCCGAGGGUACACAUCCAUUGUAACUGUGGGAAGAGAAUCGGUCCUGAUAAAACCAUUGCAAAGGUUCAGGCUAUAAGGGACAGAAAACAAAUGGUAAAAUAUGUUCCAACAAGGAUGUCAUUCAGACUAUAUAUCAGUGGUAACUAAGGCGUAUAAUACUGAACAUGUCCCAUCGGGUUGUGCAUAUGAUAGUUAAUUAGGGAUUAUUCUAGCCUCGGUGAGGGAAUAAUCUAAAUUUUAUUAAAGACAGGAGGCGAAUAUUUGCUUUACCUUCUUUACUGAAACCUCCAGCAGCAAAGAAACAGUUAACAGAACUUUUCAAAAACAACCAAUCAGAACAAAGCAACAGUAGUAUAAAACCCCUAAGCAGGCUCUUCCACUUCCUCUUUCUUUGAUGAGGUCGAGCAGGAGAGCAAGGAAACCAACGAAUCCACCUUGUAGCAGACACAUCCAGAAAAACAAUCGUCAAGCCUAGAGAGAAAACAGAUUACACUGCAAGAAAACAAAAAACAUAGUGAAAGUAAACUGUCAAGGCAAGAUGUCAUAUCCAUACAAUAUCACUUUCACAUCAUAAUACCUGAUGAAUAAACAAAGUCUACAGAUCUUCUGAAGACCUAGUAUGUACCUAAGCUAAAAGGCAUUGACGAAACAUAAUUACAACACAAACAUGAUGAAUAAAACGCACACGGACAACCAUCACUGAAUAUUAGAAAUAACCUUUAUUAUGUAAAACCAUGCAUUCACAAAAAACAAUAUCCCCAAUUCUUUAUAAUAGAAAUAAACCCAGAUCGAGGGAGGGAACGUAAAAAAGGGGGGGAAAUAUUCGCCUCCUGUCUUUAAUAAAAUUUAGAUUAUUCCCUCACCGAGGCUAGAAUAAUCCCUAAUUUUAUGGCAGGACAGGAGGCUUCAUAUUUGCAAUUUUAACGCCCAAAUAGUAGAACCAGAAGCAAUAUGAGAUAGAGGACUGCAAUAAAGGAGAAUGGAAAAACUGAUUCCCUAAACCAAGCAGCGGUGUAGAGAAAAUGCAGAAGGGACCCAACGGCUUCCAAAAUUGUUGAGGUGACAGCACCCCGAACCAAAAGUGUCCCAGAGGAACUCAAGGUCAGUCAAUGCGAGGAUCCACCAAAUCCAACGGGCGAGCGAAGAUGCAGAAACUGUCCAAAACGGCCGUACGCAGAAAUACACAGCUGUCCAUGAGUAGACGGACGAAAGAACCAGAUCCUGGAUCUACAUGGUCGUGUACAAUCUGUCAGAGCCGUGGCAUAUCCGGAGAAUAGGGGUACGACACAGAGGACGAAUAAAAAUGAAAUAUGUGUGGAGCAGAAGCCGAUGUACUGAACGGCAAGAAGGAAGAAGACACGUUGAUACCAUGACGUCAGAACGCGAUGAAAUACAAGAUGUACUGGGGGGAAACCGUAAGCGGAAAAAACUGGUGCACCUUGUCAUCAGGUCAUUCCUCCAUGAAAUGCAGAACACACGAUACCACUAGACUUGAGGAAUAGCGAGAGAUAGGGCUCCCGUACGGUAUACUCCUCUUGGUAGACUGCAGACCAAGAGAUCCUUAGCAAUGCCAGAAUCUUGAGAAAACGCACAUGAGUCGUCCACUAGCUGACAUAGGACGUGAAUGGCCUCAUACGAUCCUACCCUGAGAGGGCAACUCAGCCAGACAAUGGGGACAGCCAUGAUAAGGACCGCCAUUGGGACCCAAACACCAGUCGUGGCAGGCUACCCCUGUGGAUCCCACGUGGGACAUUAAGAGACAGGGAGUCGUAGAUUACCUUCCCAUGGCAAAUUCCAGCAAAAAGGGGAAAGCACACAGGACUCCUCCGAAGUGGUUUGGCCAGGCGAAACGACACUUCAAGGAAUUCAGUCUGAAGCAAAACCCAAAGUAUCCUGUAGGUAAACGGGAUGCGUACGCCCCGAAGGAGACCAAGCUUGGAAACUCGUUCCUCGCCGAGGGUCCGGCAGCCAGCUGAAGAACCGCUCCGUAUGGCGGUUCACAUCGAAUGUAAUCAUGCCAGUACUUGAGACCCCGGAGGGUGAAGCAACCAAUCAAUGGGGUCUCUCCAUGGUCGGAUGAAGCCGUCCGCCACAUGAGUGUCUCGUCCCGCAUACAUUCUGUCACAAAUGACGAAUACUUGUCCAGAAGCUAUAGAUAGCGAUUCUAUGUGAGAUCCGACUGCAGUCCGUAGUGGGCAACCGGUGAGAAGUCCAUGCCGGAAGGUAGCGAGCAAUACUGUGAAUGUUGAACAAACCUGCAUGUAGUCCCAUGCAGUUGGCGUAAAGGAGUCCCUCCUCCGGAGUCAUCAAUUAAGUUUUAGAUGAGCUUCAUCCGAAGGUCACACCAGGCUGAAGACCCGAGAAAGCGCCAUGUUGGAGCGGCUGAUAGUACCGGGUUGGGCCCCUAAGUGUAACCCGCGGGUUGCGGAGCAUAUACCUGGUAUUUUCCUUGAAGACGGACAUCUUGGUCCUCGGGAGGAGGAGCACCGCCUGGACCGAAUAUUCCAUGAAAGACAGGAAACUGGGUUGACUGGGAGUGAGUCAGAUUCAAUAUGUCCAUGUUGAUGGCAAAAUCCAUGCGGGUUUCUCUCAUGUGCAAUUGAGGGAGAGAACCAAUCGUCAACGCCGAGCAGCUCUCAGAGGGGAUGAGUGCCCUCCGUCUCGAAAUGUGUCAGACGACAUAUGCACUGGGAGCAUGUAGCGUGGGGAUGGGGCGGGAGUCCACUCCACUGCACCCUUUGCCCAGCAGGGCAACUGCGGAAUGAGUCAUGCGUAUCGCGCAUGGAACGGUCCAAGUUUCCGCAACCUUAAUCUGGAGUCCAGGCACGGGCCGAGAGACCUCUGGGGCUAGUUAAGGGGGAACCCUAUGAAUAGAGAUGUGUCAGCUCAAUUUGUACACGAGGGUGACUCCGGAGAGCAGACCCAGCACUUGGAUGCUAAAUCCAUCAGUUUGAUGUCCAGCUUGGACAGGGGCCAUUUUGCGGUUCUCAGGGGUAGAAACCAACUAGGCGAUACCUAUAAGUCAUAUCGGUCCAUUCCCAGUGGGAAUUUAGUCUUCUCCGCUUUUCAAGCGGUAACGCGCCGAGGAAACAUCUGUGUCCGCGUGUCACCGACAUCCACUGGUUAGUCCCAGAUAGAGUGCAAAUCCCGUGUCAGGUGUUUGCGGUGUCCUUUCCGGACUCUGUCAUGAAGACUGAUCCUCUUGAUGAAUCCAUCCAUUAGCCAACGAGUACCAGGGGUGCUUGGUGUAGCGUCUAGGAUGACCGGUGGAGUGUCCCUGUAGGGUACCGAUGGUUUCUGGCAGUGAGGUCAGCGGGGCGGCAAGAAGACAGGCCAAGUGACCUUCUGGGUACGGGAGAUUUGUCCUUCAGCCGUGAUUGCACAACUGCCAUAGAGGUAACACUGUCGGAAUGAUACCUGGUGCGGCCAGCUGGGGGUCACCCAGCGUGCAAGAGGGGGUCACCCAACAAGCACAAGCAUACCAUGCAGUAUAGGCCAGAAGGGGAGGGGGUCACCCUCAGUCUGAACAUAAUCGGACACUGUAGGUACAGUGGUGCGGCCAGCUGGGGGUCACCCAGCGUGCAAGAGGGGGUCACCCAACAAGCACAAGCAUACCAUGCAGUAUAGGCCAGCAGGGGAGGGCGUCACCCUCAGUCUGAACAUAAUCGGACACUGUAGGUACAGUGGUGCGGCCAGCUGGGGGUCACCCAGCGUGCAAGAGGGGGUCACCCAACAAGCACAAGCAUACCAUGCAGUAUAGGCCAGCAGGGGAGGGGGUCACCCUCAGUCUGAACAUAAUCGGACACUGUAGGUACAGUAGUGCCGAAGUGGUUAGCCGUAUAAUAAAGUAACCAGAGAUUGCCGGUCCAGCAGUGUAGACGGCAGGAGGGGGUCACCCUCAUAUAACCAGAACUGGGCAUUGAAGAUCCAGCAGUGCUGUAGGUAAGAGGGGGACACCCUCAGUGUGGUAUCAUAGAGGUCUGUACACCCAGCAGUGUAGUCAGCGAGAGGGGGUCACCCUCAUUAUGGUUAUAACUGGACCCUGUAGGUCCAGCAGAGUAGUCCACAGGAGGGGGUCACCCUUAGGAUCUGCGUAUUGCAGGGCACUGUAAGAACAGAAGCUCAAUCAGUGGGAAGGGUACCCUCUUUUAUGGGAAUACCUGGACGCUGCAGGUCCAGCAGUGCAGACUGCAGGAGGGGUACCCCCUCGGUAUGAUAAUAGCAGGACAAUGCUUGAGCAUUAGUAUAGGAAGCAGGAGGGGGUCACCCUCAGCAUUAAUCUUACAGGACGCCGUAGAGCCAGCAGGGUACUCAUAGGUAGCCAUGUUGCCAGAGGGAGGGGGUCACCCAGCCCACAAUGGUGUCACACGUCCAUUAUUAUGGUCCAGUAGCGGGUAGAGCCCCAGAAAUAUGGAUGGAGAGGGGGGUUCACCCCCCCAGUAAUAACAGGUCUGAAUGUGGGGCCAGUAGGGUCCAUAUAGUGAGAAGCUGACUCACAGACCACUCAGGUAUUAUAUUAGGAUACACUUUUGAAGUGUAUGUGUAGUGGAAAAUUUAAGUCCCUUGCAGGAAGGGCAGCAAAUCCUAGGCAGGGAAGCUAGGUGCUGAAAAACAGGCCAUUUAAUUUUUCUGAGAAAAAGACUGAACCAUAGAGAAAGACUUGAUUAGCAUUUACCACAUGUGGCAUAGUCUUGUUAAACAAAAGAUUUUAGAAGUAACAUGUCCCUUUAAAUCUGAGAUUCACAUGUAAUAGUAAAAAAGUGUGACAAGUCUACUGCUAAGAUAGAGAACCUAGUCACAUUGCAUCAGACAUAGUAAGCUGCAGUUGGGAGCGUGCCUGGGACAGAUCCUGCUAUCCAGGAUCUGUUACAUAUGCAGCAUGUGAGACAGGCACAGUAAGUAGAGGGAUAGCUGAAAAACUGGACUAUCUCCCCUGAUAUAGGGAGAGUGGCCACAUGGCCAGCAGGCCAGUUCGUGGGUGAGACCUGGCUGUUCGCAACGCACAGAGCCCAUGUGGCUCUGAAAAAUGGUCGCCGCGGCUCCAACAAAAUGGCUGCCAUGGCUGCAAAAACAGAGCGCGGCCUACCGCGUGGUGAUCAUGCGGCACUGCAAGCGGCCAGGGGCCGCGGGGAGCAGGUGGGGAAUAAGGAAGAAGGGUAUGGACGACAGAGUCCAGCAGGGGAACCCGGGGAGGGGGAACAGAUUACAGGCAGAGCCAAAGCAUCAUAGAAGGGGCACCCAUUCCCCAUACAGCAGAGUGAGAAAAACUGCAUAAAGUAACCCAGAAUAACAAUAAAUCAAUGAGCAGUAUCCAGAAUCUAUCAGAUAAAUAGCCUAAAUACAGCAACAGAUGUUAACAAGUGAUACAGCAGCUACAUAGCAUGAAGUGGUAUAGGAAAUAACACAGAAUAGACUGCCUAGCUAAGCCCAGCAAUAGACUGCCUAGAUAAACACAGUAGACAAACUUAAAACAAAUCCAGCAAGAACCCUGCCUAAAUAAAACCAGCAAUUAAGCUGCCUAAACAAACCUAACAAAUAGACUGAUUAAAUAAACAAGCAGUAUGUAGGAUAAAACAACAACCAAGAGCAGAGACAACUCUGAGUUGGUGAGUGCUCACCUGGAGGCAGCAGCAAAGAAAGAGCCUGCUUAGGGGUUUUAUACUACUGUUGCUUUGUUCUGAUUGGUUGUUUUUGAAAAGUUCUGUUAACUGUUUCUUUGCUGCUGGAGGUUUCAGUAAAGAAGGUAAAGCAAAUAUGAAGCCUCCUGAUCUGCCAUAAAAUUAUACUUAUUAUUAUUAUUAUAAUAUUUAUAGAGCGCCGUCAAAUUUCGCAACGCUUUACAAUUUAUACUUAAUUGGUAACCUAAUAUAAAAUCAAAGCAGAAAGUCAAAACCAUGUUGCUCGUACGAAAACCUGGGUGGAAAGACAAACGGAAAAAAACUUACCUCUCAUCGGGAGGGCUAACACUCGCCUCUGCGUCCUUAAUAAAAUCAUGACUUUACCUCAUGUAAUUAGUAAAAUCUGGUAACUUUAUUAAAGGACACCGAGGCUCAUAUUAGGCUAAUUUAAGGCCAAAAAUAGUAUUCCUUAAACAUCGAUUCAUGAGACCAAUCAGCUGUGUGGGGAAGGUCUUCUAGUAUACAACCCAAUGUGAAUGCUUUUGAAGCCAUGGUAGCUCUAGAAGAAUGAGCACCAUAAACUGAUGUAUCAAUGAUAGUUGAUGACAUUAUACAUUUCACCCAGCGGGCAAACAUCACAGUGCAUACUAGGUAAUGAGUUAUUCUAUGAGCCAGAAACAAGUCGUGAUGUGUUGGGUUCCUGAACGAUUAAGUCCGUAGUUUAUACUCCUGGAGGCAUGCCAUCAGGCAGAGGUGAGGAAAGGAGGGAUAGAAGACUGACGUAAUCACUGAUUUUGUAUGUCUGGGGAUAUUGAAACAAAGCACCGGUCGGAGUGAAAGAGCAUGCGUCGAUAUCCAGUGCACGGACAUCCGACAUCCAUUUGGAUGUAAUCAAACACAAUAGCAUGGCCAAUUUUGCUGACAAUUGUUUGAGCAUGAGGUCAGGAUUCCUAGACCAAGCUUCCAACAGGUUAAGAACUAGAUUGACAUCCCACAGUGCAGUGUAUCGAGAUUGGGGUGAACGUUCAAAUCUAAUGCCUCGCAGGAGGCGACUAACCAUACAGGAAACCAUCUAGUCCGCUGUGACUUGCCUAGAUUGCUGAUCUAUAUACAUUUAUCGCUCGCGGAAUAGGCCAAGCCUUGGUCGUAAAGGUCUAUAAGGAAACUCAGCAGAUUGUUUACAGAAGCACGAAUGGGAUCCACGUUUUGUUCCAUGCACCAACUACUCCAUGUGUUCCAGGCAUGAUUAUAGGAUCUUCGUGUUCCCGGAGCCCAAGCUCCCACCAAUAAGUCAAGGGUUGCUUGCAAAACUUUCAGCAUGAUCCACGGUCCCUGGAUAGGAGCCAUGCCAGAAGUCUUAAGUGCCCUUGAACAACUGCGCCCUCGGUUAACCAUGUUAAUGAUUUUGGCACUAGGUCCCAGUACAUUCAAAAUCUUGUCUUGCAGGGCUGCAGGGAAUAGUCUCGUCAUUUGGCCUUCCAACCGGAUUUACCUAGGAAUUGGGUGACCUUUGGGUCCACGUCCGGUGUGACAAAGCCCAAAUCAGGGACUGUAAGGCGUGGGCAUUCUGCCUUAAGUUUAUACACGUGGUCACUGGGGUACCAUUCCGCUGACCUAGGAUAUUGCAGGGCAUCAGGAUCAAAAAGGGGUUCCCCUUGUGGGUCAAUGGUAGCAGAGCCUUCUGCCUCUAGGUUAGCUUUCAUUAUUGGCAUCGCAGUCAAGAUGCGUUCAGGAGAUGAAUUCUCUGAGUCAAUAGGGUCGAUCACUUCCGCCGUCCUUAAGGGGUUAAAUGAACAAGAAAUAUCAUAAACUACAUAAACUGUGUAGAGCAAAAAAUUGUGUGGUACUUAGCUGAGGCAGCAGCAAAGAAAGAGGAGUGGCUUAGGGUCACAUGGAAGUAUAUGGAAUAUUUUUAUAUGGAGUAUUUUUUUUUUCUAGUAAUAUCUUAAUAUCCUUUCUUUGCUGCUGAGGAAUAAAGAAAGAGAUAUAGUCUAAUAUGAGCCUCCGUGUCCUUUAAUAAAAUUAUAAUUAUCUUCUAUUGUUUGCAUUGGUCUCUCCCAUUUCUCAGUCACCAAUGGGAGUAAAGCUUUUCAUUUGAUUAUUUUAUCCAGCCAGUCCCCCACUAUAAUGAGUGUCUGUACAUGUGCUCUGCAGGUGUUGCAUUAAAACCAUAUACAUAAACCACAUAGAAGUAUAUUUAUAAUAAUAAACACACCGAGACAGAUAUGUGGAAGACAAGGCUGUAGUCUUUUAUUUAGUUUAUAAACACACUGUAAUAACUUCUAACAGAAAAUCUCCGGUCUCAAAACCACCCAGAGAUAAAAUUUAUGACUCACCAUAGUUUUGCCCUAAAUAGCCAGAACUUAAACAUAUAAAAAAACAAUACCACAUAGUCCACCCCCCCCCCCAAUUGAAUAGGCAGGUGGCCUUUACCCAAAUAAAAGACCACGACAAAAAUAAAAAAUAGGGAAGGUGGUGUGACAGAUUCAUCUGUAUUGCUGGUUCGUCUGUUACCCUUUGUUUUCGCUGGAUUUCCUGUCCGUAUGCCCCUGUUCGUGUGAUUAUAAAAUACCGAUUGAAACUACCGAACGAACGACCACCCAGGAGAGGAGUGUGCUGCUGGUUAACCUCUUGGCCCCAAUUAGAACGUUGUGGUUAACCGCAGACACCUCUCCAUUCCAUUCGUACGGGUGGUCGUCGUUCGCAUGCCGAUUUUGGGACACGAGGAAGCGUAGCGGUGUUCGGUACAAAUUCUAUGGAACUAAAAACGGACACUUUAAUCUACCGAACACCGCUGGAAGCUGCUGCCCACCUUCUAUUUCGGCGAGGCGCACGAACGCCGGUCUGUUCGGGAGUUUUAUACAUUCGUAUGGACCUUUACCCAGAUAGCCGUCCCAUGGAGUCAUUCGUAUACCGAAGGACUGGUGAAAGACUUUGACUUCAUGGCGAUUCGACUAGAUACAUCGGAUCUGAGCGCUAUUCGGUAGAAAUAUGCACUCAGAUCCAGGCUGUCUGGGGAUACGUUACACGAACUAUAUUCAUUCGGUAUUUCUUCAGUUAUAUAUUUUAAUGUAUUUUUCUUACUGUAUUUUAAAAUGGCGAUUGUCUCUAUCCUGGGAGAUAAUUAGGUUUCUUCCUAAUUAUCUCCGGGGUAGAGAAGAAGGAUUUAUGGGUAAGAUGGGAAGGGCUUAUAUUGAAGCCACUGCGAUUGGCUACUGUCCAAUAUGUUUUACAGUCUUCCACAAGGUCCCCUCGGGGAGUGUCCACCUUGUGGAGACCUGCAUAAAUACCGGGCAGAUCCUUAUUUGACCCUCAAGACGGAGCUUGGUCUCGUUUGUGGGGGGAAUUAUUACUGGGACAGCACUUUCGUUAUUUCUAGCUGUGGAAGGCGUUCGACUAAUUUGCUGAUCGGGAGUUGCCGUGUUCAGGAACUCCAUUCGGGAGUUUGGCGGUCGGCUGGAUAGAAACUGCAUUUCUGGAGAGGGGGAUUAUUCACUAAACGGCGGCUUCAUCUACCUGGCGGUGAGUGUCGUAACAGGUGGGGAAGCAGCUGCAACACAAAUUCGCAGGCCCCCAAUUGACUAUUGGUCCCGCUGGCACUAAGCUGUUACCUCAGAGCAGCUGAUAUAGUAUGUUUAUUUUCCCGCUGUGACGAGACCAAUCUCGCCACAUUGCAUUGGAGAAGCCUGGUUGCUCGCCUGCUGCCUUUAGACUAUGGCCCCAUGUUGAAACGCUUGAUUUUCGCCUGCGAAGACACGAAAGCCGGGUCAUUCGGUGCUGGCCCUAUUUGAGCGGUGAUACCCCAGAUAGCUAUGCCAUGGAGCCCAUUCAUAUAAUGAAAGACUAUGGGAAAGACUUUGGCUCCAUGGCAAUUGAACUGUAUGUGUGUGCUCUGAGCGCCAUUCAGUAAUAUUGUGCGCUCAGAUCUGAGCUAUCUGGGGAUAUGUUGAAUGUACCUGUUUUGUGCAAUGGCUGCACAGUUAUAUAUUUUUAUGUGUUUUAUUGUCUUUUGCUGCCAUGUGUUUUGGGACACAUGGAGUUUUGCCUCUGUCCUUGGAGAUAAUUGGAUUACUUCCCAAUUAUCUCCAGGAUAGAAGACUCUGUGGAACUGGUUUUGGGCAGAAAAGCCAUGCUUAUUUUGGUCACAAAGCACUACGAUCUAUCUUUUGAACCACUGGACCAAUUUUUAUGAUUUUGACGUAUGUUUGUAUUUGGAGUAUGCUGAUUCUGAAAAUAUAUGUGAAUGUGAUGCAUACUUUUCAAGUUAUGAAUAAUGUGGAAAAAUGGUAUUUCUCUGCUUGUUAUAAUUACAUUACAUUACCCAUUGUGUAAGGUAAUUGAAUCACAGGCAGAGGGGAGGAUUUUGUGUGGGAGUGUCUGAGUGUAUUGUAUGUGUUUAUUGGUUGUGUUCCAAAACCCUGUGGGUGGUACUAAUGUGUAUAUAAGAACAAUAAACCGACAGCUCUGACUGACCACUGCUUGACCCUCAACACGGAGCCUUGUCUCGUUCUUGGGGGGAUUUAUUGUAUGCUGUUCCAGUUUGACUGCUAGGAGUGUAAACCUAUUCGUAUGUUUUUUCCUAUUCAGCUGUUUACAGCAUUCAUAUGCUUUUCCUGUUCGGUGGAUUGGUGUUCUGCAGUAGCUGUGCCUGUGUCUCUGGAAGGGAAGAUCUACUAAACGGCGGUUUAACCCUUUUGUGCCUGGGGGUGCCGUUACACCCGCCAAAAAUAGUCCUCGUGGACAAGUGCUCCAAUUGGAACACUGAACGCGUGGACACUUAGAAUAGCAGCUGACCGCGAUGACAUUACUCCUGGUGUCAAAACCGAUACACUUGCGACAGCACCAUUAGCCCUUUAAACACCGCAGUGCACAUGGUCAAUUGACCAUGCUCUCUCCUGUUGAAUACAGAGUAUGAUGGCACUCUCACCAUGUUAGCACUGCUAGCUGUCACUAACACUCAUAAUACACUCAGCAUAUUCAAGAACUUAGUCACUGUCACUCCCAGUAUCACUCACACUCAGUGUCUGUCACUCUUACUCCCGGUAUCCCUCACACUCAGUGUCUGUCACUCCCGGUAUCCCUCACACACAGUGUCUGUCACUCUCACUCCCGGUAUCCCUCACACUCAGUGUCUGUCACUCUCACUCCCAGUAUUCCUCACACUCAGUGUCUGUCACUCCCGGUAUCCCUCACACUCAGUGUCUGUCACUCUCAUUCCCGGUAUCCCUCACACUCAGUGUCUGUCACUCUCACUCCCGGUAUCCCUCACACUCAGUGUCUGUUAUUCUCACUCCCAGUAUCCCUCACACUCAGUGUCUAUCACUCUCACUCCCAGUAUCUCUCACACUCAGUGUCUGUCACUCUCACUCGCGGUAUUACUCACACUCGGUGUCUGUCACUCUCACUCCCGGUAUCCCUCACAGUCAGUGUCUGUCUCUCUCACUCCCGGUAUCACUUACACUCAGUGUCUGUCACUCUCACUCCUGGUAUCACUCACACUCAGUGUCUCUCACUCCCGGUAUCCCUCACACUCAGUGUCUGUCACUCUCACUCGCCUCACUCCCGGUAUCCCUCACACUCAGUGCCUGUCACUCUCACUCGCGGUAUUACUCACACUCGGUGUCUGUCACUCUCACUCCCGGUAUCCCUCACACUCAGUGUUUGUCACUCCCGGUAUCCCUCACACUCAAUGUCUGUCUCUCUCACUCCCGGUAUCACUUACACUCAAUGUCUGUCUCUCUCACUCCUGGUAUCCCUCACACUCAGUGUCUGUCACUCCCAGUACCCCUCACACUCAGUGUCUGUCACUCCCGGUAUCCCUCACACUCGGUGUCUGUCACUCUCACUCCCGGUAUCCCUCACACUCAGUGUUUGUCACUCUCACUCCCGGUAUCCCUCACAGUCAGUGUCUGUCACUCCCGGUAUCCCUCACACUCAAUGUCUGUCUCUCUCACUCCCGGUAUCACUUACACUCAAUGUCUGUCUCUCUCACUCCUGGUAUCCCUCACACUCAGUGUCUGUCACUCCCAGUACCUCUCACACUCGGAGUCUGUCACUCCCGGUAUCCCUCACACUCAGUGUCUGUCACUCCCGGUAUCCCUCACACUCAGUGUCUGUCACUCUCACUCCCGGUAUCCCUCACACUCAGUGUCUGUCACUCUCACUUGCGGUAUUACCCACACUCAGUGUCUGUCACUCUCACUCCUGGUAUUCCUCACACUCAGUGUCUGUCACUCCCAGUACUCCUCACACUCAGUGUCUGUUACUCCCGGUAUCCCUCACACUCAGUGUCUGUCACUCUCACUCCCAGUAUCCCUCACACUCAGUGUCUGUCACUCUCACUCCCGGUAUCCCUCACACCCGGUGUCUGUCACUCUCACUCCCGAUAUCCCUCACACUCAGUGUCUGUCACUCUCACUCCCGGUAUCUCUCACACUCGGAGUCUGUCACUCCCGGUAUCCCUCACACUCAGUGUCUGUCACUCUCACUCCCGGUAUCCCUCACACUCAGUGUCUGUCACUCUCACUCGCGGUAUUACCCACACUCGGUGUCUGUCACUCUCACUCGCGGUAUUACCCACACUUGGUGUCGGUCACUCUCACUCGCGGUAUUGUUCACACUCGGUGUCUGUCACUCUCUCUCCUAGUAUCCCUCACACUCGGUGUCUGCCACUCUCACUCCCGGUAUCUCUCACACUCAGUGUCUGUCACUCUCACUCCCGGUAUCCCUCACACUCAGUGUCUGUCACUCCCGAUAUCCCUCACACUCAGUAUCUGUCACUCUCACUCCCGGUAUCACUCACACUCAGUGUCUGUCACUCUUACUCCCGGUAUCACUCACACUUAGUGUCUGUCACUCUCACUCCCGGUAUUCCUCACACCCGGUGUCUGUCACUCUCACUCCCGAUAUCCCUCACACUCUGUGUCUGUCACUCUCACUCCCGGUAUCUCUCACACUCGGUGUCUGUCACUCCCGGUAUCCCUCACACUCAGUGUCUGUCACUCUCACUCCCGGUAUCCCUCACACUCAGUGUCUGUCUCUCUCACUCUCGGUAUCCCUCGCACUCAGUGUCUGUCACUCCCGGUAUCCCUCACACUCAGUGUCUGUCUCUCUCACUCCCGGUAUCACUUACACUCAGUGUCUGUCACUUUCACUCCCGGUAUCCCUCACUCUCAGUGUCUGUCACUCUCACUCCCGGUAUCCCUCACACUCAGUGUCUGUCACCCUCACUCCCAGUAUCCCUCACACUCAGUGUCUGUCACUCUCGGUAUCCCUCACACUCAGUGUCUGUCACUCUCACUCCCGGUAACCCUCACACUCAGUGUCUGUCACUCUCACUCCCGGUAUUCCUCACACUCAGUGUCUGUCACUCUCACUCCCAGUAUCAGUAAAGGAGUUUAAGCAUGCGUGGGAUAGGCAUAAGGCUAUCCUAACUAUAAGAUAAGAAAAUUGGGCAGACUAAAUGGGCCGAAUGGUUCUUAUCUGCCGUCACAUUCUAUGUUUCUAUCACUCACACUCAGUGUCUGUCACUCUCACUCCCGGUAUCCCUCACACUCAGUGUAUGUCCCCGCUCCUCCUCCCACGGUAAUCCCCUCCUCCAGUGUCAUCCCUCUCCCGCUCUGAUCAACUCCUUACUCAGUGUCUGUCCUCCUCCUCCGGUAUCCCUCACACUCCAGUGUCACUGUCACUCCUCACUCCACGGUAUCCCCUCACACUUUCCCAGUGUCACAAUAAAAACUCUCCCGGUAUCCCUCACACUCAGUGUCUGUUACUCUCACUCCCGGUAUCCCUCACACUCAGUGUCUGUCACUCUCACUCCCGGUAUCACUCACACUCAGUGUCUGUCACUCUCACUCCCGGUAUCACUUACACUCAAUGUUUGUGCUGUUUGCAGGUUUUCAUGCCUACCAGCGGAUGACCGGCUGUGAGCUGAGAGAUGAUGGCAGUAUCUGGGUAUAUGAUCAGCACGGUUAUGACGGGAAGGAUUUCCUGGCUUUGGAUACCGAGCGCCUGGUUUAUAUUCCGCUCACAGACGAAGCUCAGGUCACAGCACAGAGAUGGAACAGCCCAGAAGAGAGACUGGGGGACUAUCACAAGAAUUACCUGGAGAAUCGAUGCAUAGAAGAACUGAGAAAAUUCCUCCAGUAUGGCAAGGAGGAGCUGGACAGGAGAGGUGGGCAGGGAUGGGGGAGGAGCAACAGAGGGUAG